AUGGGGCUGCUGAGCAGCAAGAGGCAGGCCGGCGAGAAAGGCAAGGGCUGGAGCCCCGUGAAGGUCCAUGCCCAGAGCAAGGCUCCCCCACCCCUGCCACCCCUGGUUGUCUUCAACCACCUUGCCCCUCCGUCUCCUGACCAGCACCCAGAUCAAGAGGAGCAUUUUGUGGUGGCCCUGUUUGACUACGUGGCCGUGAAUGACAGGGACCUGCAGGUGCUGAAGGGAGAGAAGCUCCAGGUCUUGAAGAGCACUGGAGACUGGUGGUUGGCCAGGUCACUCAUCACCGGAAGAGAAGGCUAUGUGCCCAGCAACUUUGUGGCCCCAGUGGAAACUCUGGAAGUAGAAAAAUGGUUCUUCAGGACCAUCAGCCGGAAGGUUGCCGAGAGGCAGCUGCUGGCUCCGAUGAACAAGGCUGGAGCCUUCCUCAUCAGAGAGAGUGAGAGCAAUAAAGGUGCCUUUUCCCUGUCUGUGAAGGAUGUUACCACCCAGGGGGAGAUGGUCAAGCACUAUAAGAUCCGCUCACUGGAUGACGGUGGCUAUUACAUCUCCCCACGGAUCACCUUCCCCACCCUCCAGGCCCUGGUGGAGCACUAUUCCAAGAAGGGGGAUGGUUUGUGCCAGAGACUGACCCUGCCCUGUGUGAGCCCAGCCCCGAAGAACCCCUGGGCUCAGGAUGAAUGGGAAAUCCCCCGGCAGUCUCUUAAGCUGGUCCGGAAACUUGGGUCUGGGCAGUUUGGAGAAGUCUGGAUGGGUUAUUACAAAAACAAUUUGAAGGUGGCCGUCAAGACCCUGAAGGAGGGAACCAUGUCUCCGGAAGCUUUCCUGGGCGAGGCCAACGUGAUGAAAACCCUGCAACACGAGAGGCUGGUCCGUCUCUAUGCUGUGGUCACCAGGGAGCCCAUCUACAUUGUCACGGAGUACAUGGCCAGAGGAUGCUUGCUGGAUUUUCUGAAGACCGAUGAAGGUAGCAGAUUGUCCCUUCCAAGGCUGAUUGACAUGUCAGCCCAGAUCGCAGAAGGGAUGGCUUACAUUGAACGCAUGAAUUCCAUCCACCGUGACCUGCGGGCAGCCAACAUCCUGGUGUCUGAGACCUUGUGCUGCAAAAUCGCUGACUUCGGUUUGGCCAGGAUCAUCGACAGUGAAUACACUGCCCAAGAGGGGGCCAAGUUCCCCAUCAAGUGGACUGCCCCAGAGGCCAUCCACUUCGGGGUGUUCACCAUCAAGGCUGAUGUAUGGUCCUUUGGAGUCCUGCUGAUGGAGAUCAUCACAUAUGGACGUGUUCCCUACCCAGGAAUGAGCAACCCCGAGGUCAUCCGAAGCCUAGAGCAUGGCUAUCGCAUGCCGUGCCCGGAGGCGUGUCCACCAGAGUUGUACCGUGACAUCAUCACUGAGUGCUGGCGGAGCCGGCCAGAGGAGCGACCCACCUUUGAGUUUCUGCAGUCGGUGCUGGAGGACUUCUACACUGCCACGGAGGGCCAGUAUGAGCUGCAGCCCUAG